AGAUUGAUCCCAACUUGAAGAAGCUGGAGGAAGUUGUGCAGAAACUAGAUAAAGUUUCAGCUGGGGUUAGUACUUUUCUUCAUCUUCUAGAUAGCGCAAAACAGGAGCAGAAGGAGCAGCAGCGUGAGUUGUCCGAAGCACGUGAAACAGGAUCCUUGCCUACAAAUGAUCUCAUCGGUAGAGGCGAGGCUAAGGAGUUCGUUAUGCAGUGGUUGAGGAAGCCAUCAAAUGUGCAUCGGGGAACUGAUUUGUACAGAAACAUUUCUCUUCUAUCUACAGUGGGCCAUGGUGGUAUGUGAAAGACAACUCUCUUACAACAUGUCUAUGAAGAUGAAAUGACAAAGGAAUUUGAUUUUAAAAUGUGGGUUUGUGUUUCCAACAGCUUUGAUGUGAAAAAAGCCAUUGCAGAUAUGUUGGAAUCUCUUAAGAAGGAGAGGCCUCGUUUGGAGACACUUGAGGCACUUCAAGAUAGUCUUCGUACUGAGAUUGUGUCCAAAAAGUUCUUACUUGUGCUGGAUGACAUUUGGGAGAAUGAUGAGAAGCAGGAUAAAAAUAAAUGGGAGAAGUUGCUCGCCCCUCUGGCUUAUGGGAAAAUGGGUAGUAGAAUUUUGGUAACAACUCGAAUGGACUCGGUUGCAAUGAUGAUUGCAAAGGUAAUUAAAAAGAAUAAGGAAACAUUUAAAUUAUCGGGCUUGGAGGAAGAUCAGUGUUUGCAGCUCCUCAACUCUCAUGCAUUUGCUGAUGUGGAGAAUCCUAAUGAUUAUAAAAGAUUAAGAUUCAUUGCUGGAGAGAUUGUUAAAAAGCUUUCAGGAUCUCCAUUGGCUGCAAAGGUCAUCGGUGGUGUUUUGAAUUCUAGCUUGGAUGAAAGACAUUGGACAAAAGUUUUAAAUGGUGAUUUUUUAAGUCCAAAUUUGGGUCAGGAUGGCAUCUUUGUCAUUUUAAGAUUGAGCUAUAUGUUCCUACCAAAACAUCUACAAAAUUGUUUCGCAUUUUGUUCUAUAUUUCGACAAGAUUACAUGUUUGAUAAAGAUGAUUUAGUUCGAAUGUGGAUUGCGUUGGGUUUCAUUCAACAACAUCAUGAUCAAGAAUGGACUAUGGAGGAUAUUGGAGGAAUGUAUUUUGAUGUUUUGGUUAAAAAAUCUUUCUUUGAUCAGUUUGGACAUUACUACAAAAUGCAUGAUUUAAUACAUGAAUUGGCACAAUCAAUUUCCAUAAAGGAAUGUUUAAGAGUUGAGGAUAGUACAAACUUUUCUUCUAUAAUUCCUAAGACUCUUCGACACUUGUCUGUUCAAACUACAAAUCCAGACAUCAUAAAAAAGAUUGGGCAGUUUAAAUAUUUGCAUUCACUUUUCUUGUUCAAUGAAGCUUCUAAUCAGGAUUUCAGCGCACUUAUCAAAAUAUUCAAAACAUGGAGAAGCCUACGCUUAUUAUACAUACAUGCUUCAGCAAGCUUGAAAAUGAUACCAGAGGAGAUUGGAAAUUUGAUACAUCUUCGAUACUUAAAGAUUGAUGGUAAUUGUAAUUUGACCAUGCUGCCAAGAUCUCUAAGUAAUCUCUAUCACUUGCAGUACAUAGUCUAUGAUGAAAGGUUGUCAAUCCAACUUGAAGGUGAUGAUUUUUUACCAAGUUACAUUAAUAACCUUUCUAACUUGCGUUACGUGAAAUUGUCCAAGAAUUAUAUUUCAUCGAUAUGUGGGAUUGGGAAGCUAAAGUCUCUUCAAGAAGUGAAUAUGUUUGAUCUUAGAGAUGUGAGUGGUUAUAGAAUUGGGGAGCUGGAGAAUAUGAAUGAUCUUUGGAAAUUAGGAAUCAAUUGCCUUGAAAAUGUUAAGGAUGCCGAGGAGGCUUGUAGUGCCAAAUUAUGUGCCAAGAGGAGGCUCACAGAUCUAACCUUAUGUUGGAGUAACAUUGAUUCGAGGAACAUCGAUUUAGAUGAGAACGUGCUGGACAACCUUCAGCCACCAAAAUGUCUAAGGAAUUUGAGCAUAAAGAGAUACAUGGGUGCAAGGUCUGCUAUAUGGAUGAACAAUGUUAAUCUGAUCUUCAAUCUAGAGAAAAUCGAAUUGACAGAUUGCUUGGAGUGUGAAACUCUUCCACCUUUUGGGCGACUUCCCUUCCUCAAGUCUCUAAGAUUUUUUGGCUUGCCGAAAGUAAAAUGGCUCGAAAGUAAAUUUAAUGGGAAUGAUAAAUACGAUGCCUUUCCAUUGCUAGAGGUGUUAUAUAUUUGGGGAUUAGAUGCAUUAGAGGAUUGGUUUGAGGCAGGAGUA